GGCCACACUCUCUCUCUCUCUCUCUCUCUCUCUUGUCGGUGGGAGAUGAAACCCUCCUACGCCUCCCACGCGCCGCCCAGCAACUCUUCGGCUGCGGUCGCGAUGCACCCGCCGCCACCGGCCGCCGCAGGAGCGGUCGUCGAGGCCCCCGGCUUCCCCCAGCCCUACUACCUUCACCCUCACUCCCACCACCACCACCACCAGCAGCCACACCCGGCGCAUCCGCCUGCUCCGCCGGUGGUCUACUCCAAGCCAGAGCAGCAACGGAUCAAGACUCUCUUCGUCUCCGGCCUCCCGGACGACGUCAAACCCCGCGAGAUUCACAACCUCUUCCGCCGCCGCCCUGGGUUCGACUCUUGCCAGCUCGAGUACACCGGUCGCGGAGAUCAGGUUGUUGCCUUCGCCACUUUUUUCAAUCAUCAAUCAGCAAUAGCGGCAAUGAGCUCCUUAGAUGGGGUUGUUUUUGAUCCUGAAAUUGGAGCUACCCUGCAUAUCGAGUUGGCCAGAUCAAAUUCUCGAAAGCGCUCACGGGGAGUUGGUGCCUACACGGUAAUUGACAAACGGGUUAAAGUUACAAAUGAUGAUCAGGAGUUAUUUAGUGAUGAUGGAGAUGGUGGAUCUGAUGAACCAUCAGGCACAGAUAAUGAUAAUCCCAGCAACAAGGAUGCUUUAGCUGCAGUAAAGAGUGAGGGGACCAUUGUUAUACCUGAUGGUGCUGAUGGUACAUUCAAUGAUCACACAGAUAUUCCACCCUGUUCUACAUUGUUCAUUGCAAAUCUGGGUCCUACUUGCACUGAAGAAGAACUAAAGCAAGUCUUGUCUAAAUACUCUGGCUUCCAUAUGCUUAAGAUGCGGGGAAGAGGUGGAAUGCCUGUUGCUUUUGCUGAUUUUACGGACACUGAAUCAUCAACCGCUGCGAUGAAUGGUCUUCAGGGAAUUUUGCUGGAAUCAUCUGACCGUGGUGGUGUGCAUGUGGAAUAUGCGAGGUCGAAAAUGAGAAAAAGUUAGUCGUGCCAUUGAAGAGCCAACUUCCAUCUCUGCACUGAGCUGGUUUUAUUGUCAAGAUUCGAGUAAACUGGUGUGCCUUGCAGUACAUACAUGACUUAUUCCCUAAUGAUCUCAAUGUUUUAGGUAAACAUUUAGCUUAUAAUUGUGUGUUCUAACUUGUAAACUAUCCGCCGGCCUUACUGUAUCCAAAUAACGAAGACAAUCAUUCAAUAUUAGCCGAAUUAUUCCA